CGCCCGUACCUGAAUAUCGUCCCUACCGACCCUCCGUUGCGCAGCUAACCUCAGUGGAUAGGUAGGGUACAGUGGAUAAGAAGCGAAUAGCUCAGAGUCUGUUGCGGACUCCCCCACACCAUCCGCACCCCCAGUGAUGCCCACCAGCGGCUCCCAUAGCAAAAUUGGGUUUGGGGUUAUCUCUCCAGAGACCAAUAAGGUCGAGACGUUCGCCACGUCCUCGCAGUAUUCUGCGUCAUCUGCUGAGGAAGUUUCGCCAGUACCUUCGCUGCUCCCCGAACUUAAUGGCGAUGAAGAGGAUCGCUCAACAUCGGAGCACUCGGCUGGGCACCGGUUCCACUUAGGCCACAGCGUGGAGCCAACUGCUCUCACGCAGUCUCACAGUCCUAAACAUAGCGACAGUACCACACCCGGUACCAUGUUCGCCGGCCGUCUCCCUCGGCUCUCUCGCUCAAUAUCCAUGCCAGCUUCUUCACAUCUCAGUCAUUUGCGGCGGCCUGAGAGAAAGGGGGAUACAAUAUCUCUUUCUUCCUAUCAGCAAGAAGUGUCUAAUGAACUUGCCGAUACAGUUCAAGCCGUGGUUCAGAUGUUGCUUCAUAUCUCUCCACCGCAUUUGCUUGACCCAGUUAAAGAACAGUUUUCAACUUGCACCAUUCAGAUCCCCACACCUUCGGUGUUCUCUCUUAUCACGACAAUGAAGAAUCUCAAUUACAUUUCCGCCAAUUUGCCGUCCUUCGCCCCCUUGUCCGAGAUGGAUGAAGUUUUGGCGUCCUCGUCCAUUGGUCGUGCCUCAGACACUUUUGAUAUUGGGGAAGUUGUCCAAUCCGUUGCUGACGUGCUUGGAGGUCUGGCUGCUCAAAACCAGAUCGAUCUCGUGCUCUUCCAUGGCGAUGUCGGGAUGAAACACAUCAACGUUGUGGGCGAUGAGUGCUGUAUCCUUUUUAUUCUGACGCAUGUUGUUCGACAGAUUGUCAAUUCGGCAAAACCUGGUGACGCUAUCGAACUUGGACUGCAUCUUGCUCUGAAUUCAUCGACAGCACCCAUGAGAGAAGACCCUCUCGCUUCUUCUGCUCCAGGUGCUAUCAUCAGUCCUUCCAUUCUCGAGGAAGGUGCGCUGUUGUCUUGCACGUUCGACAUUAGUCACAAAUUGGCACCCAUCGUUGACAAAGCCAAUAUCGUGCCUCGCCAUCCUCCCAAAUUGGACAGCGUGUUUCUUAGGCGGCUCAUGAAGCGCGUGGGCGCCAAGCUUACUGCGAGCGCUAGGCCCACGACGGCUCUGGUACCGGACACCUCAUAUGAACUCUCCAUUCAACUCACACGGGGCCCUUCUCCGACUCCCGACCCGACCCCCUUGUCGUUAUCACUUGAGGAUGAUGAGCCAAAUGGCACGCCCUCUUCCCUACCAACAAACUUGCCCUUUGCGAAGGAGCCGACGUUGGAGGAACUUGCGGUAUUUGCGGAGACGUCUCUCAAAGGGAAGAAAGUUCUGUUUCAUGCGUCUGAAACGAGCACUUUUGCGCGGUACCUAACCAGCUAUCUGACGAGUUGGGGUUUGGAUGUGGUACAUGUACCCAUGGGCAUGGAAUGGUCUGACGAGAUCCCCCAGGCAGCGCAAUCUAAGCCAGUUCGUGCGGCGGAUUUGGGAUUUGCGUCGACCACUGCCACAUCACUCCACACAGCCAAUGAAUCUGUGACGUCUCCUGCCCCGGUAUCUGCUGUUCCGGAUACUGUCGCGUCAGAAGCGUCCACACCGGGCGAGACGCCGGAGUCUGCACCACACAUCGAACCUUCCUUUGUCAUUAUCGAUGAUGAUGUGGACGUGCUACGUCGUCGUCUCAACAGAUUUCGACCCGAUGUCAUCAAUUCGCUUCACUUUAGCAAGCGACCUUCAUUAUCCUCUUAUCACCGACCACGCUCCUCACCCCAGGUCCGCCAGCUGCUCAGUGCAUCUACACCUCUGGUCUCUACUAGUGAUGCUUCCUCUGUCUCUUCAAAAUUAACUGUUGGACGUGCACCCAAACAGCCGGCCCCACUUGGCGAAGCCCCUGCUACAUCUACAAGUACAGUUAUUGUGCACAUUACCUCUCUCGCUAACUACAAACUUGUCAAAGACACGGUCCAAUCCGCUCUUUUUCUUGUCCCCCCACAGCUUAUUCCCGAUAUCAUCGUCAUUCCCAAGCCAGCCGGUCCACGGAGGUUCCUUACGGCGCUUCAUACCGCUUUUCGAAAGUCUUUCGUUGAUCCUUACUUCUUUCCUAUCGCAACUUCUCCCCAAAGUCCCGGAGGUCUUGGCGGGCUCAUGAAUCCAUCUUAUAGCAUCAGGGACAGUAUUCGUUCCCCUCACGGCCGACGGACGGGUCCCAACCAGCCUGGCUCCGCAGGCCCUUCAUCGCCAACGAAUGCCCGUGGGAAUGGGCAGGGCACUUCGUCUCAAGUGGCGUCACCUCCGGUUGAAUGGGGUCCAGUUUCCCUAAACCCGCUCAAUGGCUCGCCUCGCGAAGGUGUGGUCAUUGGGCCAACCAGCCAGAGUGCCGGUACGCCGGGUAGCGCGAUGAGCUCCUCACCCCUCUCCGAGUCAUUAGGCUACUUUUCGACCGCCGCUGCCAAGUUUGGCUCGUCUGCUGCCAAGGGUCUCGUGCUUCAGAGUCCUGAUGGACGGCCUGCAGGCAUCUACUUUCAGCCUCAAAGGGCAUCGACAACGUCUUCUGUACUUCCGCAGCCUCCACCUGUGGAGCGGCCUCAAAGAGAGCGCUCGAGUACCUCGGCCACUCGUUCACGGAACAACACCGAACGAGAGCGACGGAUGUCUACAGACGUAAAUCCCAGUGCGUCCAAACGCACAUCUUCUGGAAGCGCGAACACGAAGGCACUGGAAGAUCGGGCCUUGAAACCACCCCGCACGCAAACUCCUGAUCAGAUCCAUCGAUCAGGUGAAGAAGAGGUACCCAGUACCACUCCCACCACAACCGGCUUCCCCCGCAGAGGAACAAGGUCUCGUCCUUCAUCAUCCCAUUCCCGUCCGACCUCUUCCCAGGGUAGGACGCCAUCCGAGUCGGCAACGGUCGUACCCUCCUCUCCCUACGGCCCCCCCUCUGCUCUCCCCCAUGGUGCUUCAUCUCGUCGACCUCUACUAAAUCCGGAUGAUGACGCACCCCUUGGUGUCGUACCUCGUCGCAGGAGCUUUCGCAGCACGGGCUCCGACAAUAAUAAUCCUCCACCUCGAAGAUCUUCUCCCCCACCAACCGGCAAAACUCUUGAGAGGGAGCGACCCCUCCGCGUGCCAUUGUCCAAAGCUGACGAGAAUGCAGACCCCGACAGCGAUCAGCGAAACCCCCCUGAACGGUCGCCACUUCCAGUUCUGUCGCCACCUGUCAUUCAGACAACACUCAAGUCGCCCAACUUAGCUGGAUUAGCUGCGAGGGUGAAGCGAUCCUCGAAGUCUAUGAGACGAUCAUCAUCCCAAGCUAAAACGCGUAAUGCUCCAACUCCAAAGCAUAAAACACAUGCUAUCACCCCUCCGAUCAGUGUUUUGAUUGUUGAAGAUAACCCCAUCAACCAGACUAUAUUGACGACGUGGAUGCGGAGGAAGAAACUCAAAUAUGCUACAGCGAAUAACGGGGCUGAAGCGGUGGAGAAGUGGCGGACAGGGCAAUUCCAUCUCAUUUUGAUGGACAUCCAGAUGCCAGUAAUGGAUGGUAUUGAUGCCACGAAAGAGAUACGAAGACUUGAGAGAGUGGCAGCUACCGAACUGAGCCUGAGCACACCUUCAAAGGAUGGUCGCCCGCUCUCCGACUCUGGAUCAAGUUAUACUCCCAGCACACCCUUUCAUUCCUCCGUGAUUAUUGUCGCACUUACUGCCUCCUCACUGCAGAGUGAUCGAGUCAUGGCACUUGCUGCUGGUUGCAAUGACUUCCUAACGAAACCAGUUUCUUUGCACUGGCUGGAUAAGAAGAUCAUCGAAUGGGGUUCCAUUAAAGCAUUGCAAUUGUGGGCAAACUCAGAUCAGGCACGAGACCUCCAGUUUGGACAGGAGGCGAAAGCGAGGUCGAUUGAGUUGAGAUUGCCUGGCACUGACCUUCGAUCCGCCGCCCGCAAGAGGGGCGAGGAUGUGCUUGGUACGGGAGACCCGGUCCCCGGGCCUUCUUCGCCUCAAUUGGACAAACCCAAUCAAAGGUCUGACGCUAUUCUCGUUCGAAGCACUUCAUUUGCAUCCCAGCUGCCAGGCUCAUCCGAUGAGGGUCGUCAUCAACAUUCUGCCUCCUUGCAAGAUAUCAUUGAACGUCCGGAUGUCCCGCGUAAGCGCGACGUCGCCAUUCUCGGACAGAACGCAUUGCCUGAGGUGUUGCCUUCCAUAAGGACCGUUCUUCAAAGUUCUGAGUCACCGAAACCUCCCAUUAAGGAGUGUGUACUAUCUUUCGCUGAUCCUCGGGAGGGCUGUUCGAGCAGUCCUGCACUGCGCAACACGGAAGAGGGCACUACGUGACGGUGCGCCGGCGAGCGUCUGCGAGGUAGGAUCUGGGCUGCAGUCGCCAACCGCUUCGUGCAUGCCAUUCAUUUCCCUCGUCGUGUCGCUCGCCGAACCCGUUCGUUGUUCCGCUCAGAUUAGUCCUCAGUGCCGGUAUCCACGUAUCGUUACUCCCAUUUAUCACACUAUCGCUUGCUACUUCUUUCUGUUUCAUUUCGAUUCGGGUUGUCUUUGAUGUUUUGGGUUAUACACGUACGAUUGAGUGACUUGGCAAUGCAAUUUUGUAGGUUUGACUGAUCCCUUUCACUCAGCGGACUGUGAGUCUGAAUACAUGAAUGAACCAUGA